ACUACAACCGAAGAUGUACUCCUCACUGCUAAAGACAGGGGCUUGUGAGAAAAGAUAAGAUCUGUAAAUCUGCUGAUAAGAUUCUUUGAUCCCUUUGAGUCAGCACCUGUUACUCAUUCCUUUUCCUUUUUUUCUCCCAUGACUAGCCUGCUCAGUGCGCGGCUCUUCGCCCGCCAAUCUCUGCUAUGCAGGCGGUACAUUCACCGUUCACCCUCAGCGCUGGCCAAGGCCAAGGCAGCACCAACCGACGAGCUCUUUAGCGAGAGCACCGAUGACGGUGACUUGUUUGGUGACGCGACAUCGCCAGUGCAAGAAACCAAGACCCAAAGCACAGCCCCGCAAAAACCGAAAAAGGCUGCCCCUACACCCCGGAAGGGAAUGGAUGCUUCGCGGCGCGCGACGGAGUAUACCAGCUUGUAUGAAUUUGUCUCGCCGAGGCUGCAAGAAAGGAAUCGUCCAGAUUUCACGCAUCCACCAUAUGUGAAAGUCGCGAGCUUUAACCGGCUCAUGGACCUGACUACUACAGCGGAGCAACUUUCGAGUAUUGUUGAUCUCAUCCCGGCUUGGGCGAAAUAUAAUGGGAGAGGGAUGAAGAAUUCGACAGCGGAUGUGUUCGUUCGCCGAUGCGAUGACUUCAAGUGCCCCCAGCUCGCUCUCAAAGUCUUCGGGAAUUUCCCACUGUACCAAGCGAAGCUCACUCGCCCCGCUGCGCAGCAGCUCCUGUACACUCUCCAUCGCACCUCCGCCCCGCUAGAGGACCUCAUGCUCACCGCGGCGUUCUUCCCGAUCUAUCAGCUCGGCCCGCUCGAGAACGAUAUCGUCUCGCUCUCCAUCCUCGCGGCAGCGUCGGUGAAAGCCGGGAAACACGAUCUGGAGACGGUGUUGUUGACGAGGAUCCACAAGUCGUUGGGUAUCAAGGAGGGGUCGAGAGAGGUGCGUGUGGAGGGGACGGAUUUGAGGGACAAGUGGGUGAUGUGGCAUUUGAGGGAGAUUGAUUUGGCGUUGGAGAAGAGGGAUGGGCGGCCGCUGAAGUGGUUGAGGGAUUGGAGGCACAGGUCGCAGCUCCGUUCGAAAGCGGAACCCAAGGCUGCUUAAUUUCCAGUAGGCUCGGAGAACGUGCAAGUCAUGAGUUGCUGCAAUCUAUCUUGUUCGAGUUAGGAUGCGAGCUAUAUGGUGUUUUCUCGACGUUUCCUCCGGCACUCGCGGAUAGUUUGCACAAGUUUCUUUUUCCGUCCAGCGGCUAAUGUCUUC